CUUCAUUUUGGUGUCCGGCGGGCGAAGCUUUCGUGAUGAAUGUCGUCGGCACUACAAUACGCGCGAUCAGUGUUAUUCGUUCGUCGUUUUACAGCCGUAUUGUACAAAUCGCGUUUACGGUGUUCGUGUGUUUCGUGUCUGCUGUUUCGCGUUGUGAUUAACGUGGUUUCCGUUCGUAUAGUCUUCGUCCGAUGCUGUAGAACUUUCGUUGGUGUCUGUGGUGUCAUACACUGCGGUGUGCCGUCGUAGGCAAUAGAUACGGUCGCAGUGCUGGUGCGGUCGCGCUGGAUAAAAUCCAUCAUCGAAGACAGUCACAUGUAGACCGAAAUCUCAAAGUCACAACCGAGGUCGAAAAGUCGGAGUUCACAAUUGAAACGAUUAAUCGGGGGAAAUAACGUUUUGACGCGACGACGCAAUGUCGUUACAGCCGUGAUUUUCCAAUAAAAACGUCAUGAAGUACAAUUGCGAUUGGUUUAGCAAUAUGAAUUGUAUACUCGGACUCGCCGUCACACUACUAUGCGUCUAUCAUACAGCUUUCGGAUACGGUGGCGAGGAGCACGGUCCACGUUUCGUGGUCGAGCCACCUGUUUCAGUGUUUUUUUCCAACGCCACCGGGGCUCGGGUGGAGUGCGCCGCUGAAGGGAUGCCGCGGCCUCUGGUCCGCUGGCAAUUGGUACGUGAUGGGUCCACGGUCGGGGACGUUAGGGCUUUGAUGCACGUGGACGACAAUGGCACACUGGUUUUCUUGCCGUUUGCUGAGCACCAGUACUCGCCGGACGUUCAUUCGGCCGCGUACAGGUGCGUGGCCCACAGCCGCGCCGGUACCGUGGUAUCCCGCACCGUUCAAGUCAGAGCUGAAGUGAUACGGAACUUCGAACCUAUCGUCAGGGACACGGUGACGAUGCCCGGUAACGUGGCCGUAUUCAACUGUCACAUACCGGGGGUUAGUUACAACGAGAAUGACGCGCUGCCCGAAUCGGUGGCGAUCACUUCAUGGGUGCAAGACGGAGUAUUCAACAUCUUUCCGUCGUGGGAAAUCGAUUCGAAGAUCAUCAUGAUACCGAAAACUGGACAAUUGCGCAUAGCCAACGUGGACGAAAAUGACUUGAGGCACAGCUAUACGUGCCGUAUAGUAAACAAACUGACGGGAUUCACUCAGGAAAGCAGCACGUUUGGCAGAAUAUAUUUUGAGAGCAACCGGACAAUGGCCCCUUGGUCGAAGUCGAAUGAUUUUACCGUGCAUUUGGUGAAGCAAGGUGAUCAUCUGCUGUUGCCGUGUGACGUGUACGGAUUUCCACCUCCGAAAGUGACAUGGUCCUCUGGGACGUCCACGGUGGUGGUGACGGCGGACACCACUGCCGGCGGCGGCGGUCGCAGCAAGGCUCCGAUGAAUUUCCUGCGGCUGCGGUCGGUACAGCGGACGGACGCGGGCAACUACACGUGCACAGCCAAGAACUCGGCGGGCCACAAGAGCUUACACCACCGGGUGAUUGUGGUGCCGGACAUGAGCGCGCACGUGGUGCCGGCGCUAUCUGAGAUCGAGUCUGGGCGGUCGGUAUCGUUCACGUGCAUCACGUCCACCGCCGACGAAAACCAAGUCGUGACCUGGCUGAAAGACGGCGUUCCCCGGCAGUCCAGUUCAUCCACACCGCCCACGUACACGCUGAACGUGGACUCCGUGCAGAAGGACGACCAGGGCAUGUACCAGUGCGUGGUGACCAACAAAUUGAACAACGAUGCGGCCCAUUCAUUCGCCGAGCUCAGGCUAAGCGCAUCCAAGCCCACCUUCAAGUACAAGUUUAUCGGCCAUUUGUUGAAGCCGGGACCUGACGUCUCGCUAAAGUGCAUCGCGUUCGGCACACCGACACCACACAUCACCUGGAAGUUUGACGGUAACGAUGUGCCUCUCUCACAGAUGCGGAUGUCGAUUGGUCAGUAUGUGACGGAGAUCGGAGAUGUAGUCAGUCAUUUCAACAUCACCAAAGUGCAAGUGGAAGACGGUGGUCUGUACGAGUGUAUUGUUUCCAAUCGGGCAGGUCAAGUAUCGCAUUCGGCGAAGUUACAAGUUUACGGCGAUCCGGUGGCAAAGAAAACUCCGAAAAUCGUGGCACGUGCGGGUCAACAGUUGCUGAUGACCUGUCCGAUAUCCGGUUAUCCGAUUUUCAACAUCAACUGGGAGAAAGAUAAUAAGAGGUUACCCGGAGGAAAAUCACUGAACAAGAGGCACAAGGUAUUCGCUAACGGUUCGAUUGUCAUCGAAAACGUGCAAAAGAAAGGCGACCAAGGAACCUAUAACUGCGAAGCGAGCAACGAUAAACACGUAGUUAAAGCUUCGGUAGAAGUGGUCGUAAUAGAACCACCGCACAUCCACCCGUUCACUAUAGGAGAAGGUUACCACGAAGGCGGGCGCGUCGGAUGGCAGUGUUUCAUAACCAAAGGCGACGGGCCGCUGAGCAUCCAGUGGCUGAAAAACAACCAGUCGCUGGACCCGGCGUCCUCGCCGUCGCUGUCCGUGUCCUAUCAGAACGAAUACAGCAGCUCGGUACUCAUCGAGAGCAUACGGUUGGCGCACGAGGGCAAUUACACUUGCCGGGCGACCAACCCCGUGGCCACGGUCGAGCACACGGUCACGUUGACCGUACUCGUGCCUCCCGAAUGGAUAAUCGAGCCCAAGGAUGUGAAUGUGGUACGAGACGAUCAGGCGGAAGUCAACUGCUCCGCAUCAGGACAUCCCAAACCGAAGAUAAAAUGGCGAAAGGGACCCAGCAAAGAUUCGGAUCAGUUUACCGACGUGUUGGACAACGUGACGUCCGAUGGCACCUUGGUCAUCAGCAAAGUGACGAAGAAACACGAAGGGUACUACAUAUGCGAGGCGGACAACGAGGUCGGCACGCCCAUCAACUCGGUCAUUCGUCUCAAGGUGCAAGACUUGCCGCACAUAAUACUACCGAACACCAAGUACACAUCGAUAAACGGCGGGAUGGCGUCGAUGGCUUGCGAGGCGACCGGAGACCAGCCGAUACAUAUAACGUGGAUCAAAGGCUCCGUUCAGUUGAACUAUAAGAUCACCAAUCUCAGAUACAACGUGGAAGAAAUGUACACCGAUACGUCCGUGAAAUCCAAACUGAUCAUCAGUAAAGUGAACGCAGCAGACUCGGGGCGGUACGUGUGCGUGGCCGAGAACUCGCUGGGCAAACACGAAGCGGCUAUGGAAUUAGAGAUCAAAGUAUUGGGAUCCCCGCCGGACGAUUUGACGUGCAACUUCACAACCCCGAACAGUGUAAGAUUACGGUGGACCGACUUAAACGCGAACAAUUUGAUGAACAACUACGUUCAAGGAUACGUGCUCACCUAUUCGAAAGUAGUGCCUCCCGACGACUUGAUAAGCGAAUACAAUGAAAUAGAAGUUUUUCAUAAUGGUGAUGAUGCAACAAUUUCCAAUCUUGAUACAUAUACUGAAUACGUAUUCUCCAUCAAAGUAAACACAAUUCAAGGGCCUGGCAAAUCAAGCAAACCUCUUAUAUGCAAAACUUCAGAAAGCUUACCAGAACCACCAGCUGGAUUAAAGUCUAUACUUUUAUCGUCUAACAUGGCUCUUAUUUCUUGGAUUCCACCGAAACAACCAAACGGUCAAAUUAAACAUUUCACACUAUACGAACGAGAGAAAAUAAACGACAUGCAAGGUUCCGUGAAAUCGCAGUCGUUCGAACCGCACAUCCGACAGAUUCAGUUGUCCAUGUUCAGACAUUCGAACAGCUACCUGUGGUGGAUAACCGCCACCAACAGCGUGGGCGAGAGCGACAAGUCACCGACGGCCACCCUGUCCACCGUGAAGUCCGGAGGUAUGCCCGCGGCCAUCGGUAAUUUCCACUCCACUAUACAAACCAAAUGGCACGUGAACAUCGAUAUUCCGUGUAUCACUGCCGGCGUGCCAGCCCCGAACGUGAAAUGGACUUUCAACGGUCAGCCCAUCGACUUGCAACGUUUGAUCUACAAUAACUUCACGUUGCACUUGGACUCCGUGACUGGCAUGGACUCCGGGAACUACACGUGCACGGCCCGGAAUAUUUACGGGUCGGAGAACGUGACUACUUCGUUGCUAGUAGUAGAACCGCCGAAACCUCCGAUCCUCGGCGUGGUCAACGUCACCUGGACCAACGUCACCGUGAACUGGACGAAAGCGCCAAACACUUACGCAGUUCAGCAGUACCUGCUGUCGUACAAAUACGUAAACGAACCGGAAAACAUGUACACCGAGAUAUCGUUGCCUUCGCAAUCGAACGUUUUCACGCUGCCGAACGUGAAAUGUGGCACCACAGUGGCGUUCAGCAUUUCGGCCAGCAACCGGGUAGGCCACGGCAUGCAGAGCCGGCCGUUCAACGUGAAGACGUUGCAAGGCAAACCACCGACCGCACCGACCCAAAACGAAGCUGUCGAGCAGAUGAUGAACGGAUUUCUGAUCCAUUUGCAGAAAUGGAACGCCAAAUAUUGCCCGAUCACACAUUUCGCCGUAUACAAAAGGCUAACCACCGAGAGGGAAUGGACAACUGUAAACGAAAACAUAUCACCAAAUGGAAUAUAUUCGAUUGAAACUUUAAGCCCGUCGACCAGCUACAAUAUUCUGGUGAAAUGCUUCAAUUCCGCCGGUAUGACAUCGACAUUGUACACCGCUUCCACUUUGACGGCUUACGCAGGAAAUUAUGACAAAGAAGCGUUGUCGGUAAACGACAAGAUUAUGCACACGAUCUACAACAUAGCUCUAAUGUGGCCACUCGCAUUGGCAAUACUAUCGCUCGUCGUCAUCAGUAUAUCGUUCAUAAUAUGCUAUAGAUACAGGAUUAUGUACAAAAAGAAUCAACGUCACUUGGAAGCAAACAACAUGAUUUUAAAAAAUAAUAGCUGUUCCAAGUCGGAAAUACAUUUGGAUGUGUAUGAAACUUGUACACCAUUCAAGUCCAAAAGUACCAUUCUGGCCAACGAAGAUUCAAAUUACAACGAGAUAUCACCAUACGCAACAUUUCAAAUCUCUCCGUCUAAAUCGCCAAAGAGGAGUAAACAGUAUUUUUGUACCAACUGCGGUGAAAAUUUGGAAAUAUGCAACUGCAAUCGAAUGUAUUGUUCGCAGGAGGACUACACGAACUUUUUGAGACGGCCCAUACCGAAACGAGCACAUUCCUAUUCGGACAAUAACAACGAAGACUCCAAGAGCCAAAGCAGUUCUAUUCACGAGUUUUAUGACAUCGAGAGAAAUUCGAAAACGUGUGAACCGAUGAAGAAACCGAAACGAAGAUUGCUACCCCUGCCCGAUUCUAGACGUGGAUCGAAUCAAAACCCUAGAGAUUGUAGAAGCACAAAUUUACACGAGACCACAUUCAUGAUGCCGAUACAGCACCACGGACCAUAUGCCCACAACGAUACUGACGAAGAAGAUGUUAACGGAACAAUGAGCACCGGCCGUCGUUCUAGGCCCGCCCCGUAUAGAGUAUGCUAUUAAGCGAAAAGAAAAAAAAUUAAAUAUUACCUUUUUUAUGUUUUUUUUUUUUUUUAAGACUACCAUUAUUAUUAUU